UGCAACCCACGACUUCCAACCACAAACUCGACAACGACAAUCCUUUCCCGCCUGCGCCCGUUCUGUCAACUACAACACCGCAAGCAUGGCGACCGAGUUGACCGUUCAGUCCGAGCGCGCAUACCAGAAGCAGCCUCACAUCUUCCUCAACCACAAGGUUGCCUCAAAGAGCCGAAGCGCUGGAAAGGGUGGCCGAAGAUGGUACAAGGAUGUUGGUUUGGGUUUCAGAACACCAAAGACCGCCAUUGAGGGUUCAUACAUCGAUAAGAAAUGCCCCUUCACCGGCCAAGUUUCAAUCCGAGGACGUAUCCUGACCGGCAAAGUCGUCUCGACCAAGAUGCACCGAACACUGAUCAUCCGCCGAGAAUACCUUCACUUUGUCCCCAAAUACGCCCGUUAUGAGAAGCGACACGCCAACCUUGCCGCUCACGUUUCUCCUGCUUUCCGUGUCGAAGAGGGCGAUACCGUCACUGUCGGUCAAUGCAGACCUCUCAGCAAGACUGUCCGAUUCAACGUCCUCCGCGUCCUUCCCCGAACAGGCAAGGCGGUCAAGUCGUUCCAGAAAUUUUAGAAGCGAAUUGGGCGAGGUGAAGAAAAGCAAGCUAGAGACUAGAGAUAGCUAUGGGAAGACCGGACAAGGGGCAAGAACCAAUUGUUGGUUCUUACCACGUUGCUGCCAUGCUUAUGGCGCUAGGUCUUGAAGUCGUCACUGGUGGGAGGCCAUGGUGGAAGCAUGAGAUGUGCACUUAGUGCAAAGGCCCUCAAGGGCACAAAAAGAAGUCUAUGCUGGUCAACAUGGCGAAACAAUGUGGCGACUUUGCGUGGUCGGAUUGUUUUCUGGAUCACUCGGAUACCUCGAGCAUGAAAUGAGACAAAUUACUUUUUCA